GAGAAAACCCGCGGGCCUGGCCGGGUGCAGGCCACCCUUGCCGGAGGAUCGGAAUCCCCGCCCACACCGUGGUCUUUCCAGCACCGCAGACACCUGCCGGCUCCUCCCGAGCGGAGCUCAGGGCUGACAAAGCGCGGUCAGAGCGGCCGCUUACUGGGGCUCGCCCGCUCCUUAGAGCACUGGCAAUGAUGUGCGGAUCCUCGCUGCUGCUGCUGGGAAACUGUUGAGUGGCUGAAUGACCCCAGGGGACCCUGGGAGAGCUCUGAAGCCCUCAGCCACCAAGUGGCUGGGCUGGCAAGGGUUCAUUCAUUCAUUCAACAAAUACGAAUGUGCAGCGGGGCUGGGGUCAUGAUGGCUCGGUGGGCAGCGAGGGGCCGGGCCGGCUGGAGGAGCACAGUGCGGAUUCUGUCGCCACUGGGACACUGUGAACCAGGAGUGAGUCGGAGCUGCCGCGCUGCCCAGGCCAUGGACUGUGAGGUCAACAACGGUUCCGGCCUCAGGGAUGAGUGCAUCACAAACCUACUGGUGUUUGGCUUCCUCCAAAGCUGCUCUGACAACAGCUUCCGCAGAGAGCUGGAUGCACUGGGCCACGAGCUGCCAGUGCUGGCUCCCCAGUGGGAGGGCUACGAUGAGCUGCAGACUGACGGCAACCGCAGCAGCCACUCCCGCUUGGGAAGAAUAGAGGCAGAUUCUGAAAGUCAAGAAGACAUCAUCCGGAAUAUUGCCAGGCACCUCGCCCAGGUCGGGGACAGCAUGGACCGUAGCAUCCCUCCGGGCCUGGUGAACGGCCUGGCCCUGCAGCUCAGGAACACCAGCCGGUCGGAGGAGGACCGGAACAGGGACCUGGCCACUGCCCUGGAGCAGCUGCUGCAGGCCUACCCUAGAGACAUGGAGAAGGAGAAGACCAUGCUGGUGCUGGCCCUGCUGCUGGCCAAGAAGGUGGCCAGUCACACGCCGUCCUUGCUCCGUGAUGUCUUUCACACAACAGUGAAUUUUAUUAACCAGAACCUACGCACCUACGUGAGGAGCUUAGCCAGAAAUGGGAUGGACUGAACGGACAGUUCCAAAAGUGUGACUGGCUAAAGCUCGAUGUGGUCACAGCUGUGUAGCUGCUUCCAGUGUAGACGGAGCCCUGGCAUGUCAACAGCGUUCCUAGAGAAGACAGGCUGGAAGAUAGCUGUGACUUCUAUUUUAAAGACAAUGUUAAGCUUAUAACCCACUUUAAAAUACCUACAUUAAUAUACUUGAAUGAAAAUGUCCAUUUACACGUAUUUGAAUGGCCUUCAUAUCAUCCACACAUGAAUCUGCACAUCUGUAAAUCUACACACGGUGCCUUUAUUUCCACUGUGCAGGUUCCCACUUAAAAAUUAAAUUGAAAAGCAGGUUUCAAGGAAGUAGAAACAAAAUACAAUUUUUUUGGUUAAAAAAAAAUUACUGUUUAUUAAAGUACAACCAUAGAGGAUGGUCUUACAGCAGGCAGUACCCUGUUUGAGGAAAGCAAGAAUCAGAGAAGGAACAUACCCCUUACAAAUGAAAAAUUCCACUCAAAAUAGGGACUAUCUAUCUUAAUACUAAGGAACCAACAAUCUUCCUGUUUAAAAACCACAUGUCACAGAGAUUCUGAACUAAAGUGCUGCACUCAAAUGAUGGGAAGUCCGGCCCCAGUACACAGGGGCUUGACUUUUUCAACUUCGUUUCCUUUGUUGGAGUCAAAAAGAACCACUUGUGGUUCUAAAAGGUGUGAAGGUGAUUUAAGGGCCCAGGUCAGCCACUGUUUACAAAAUCAGGUAACUAACUGCAUGCACUUUUUCUCUUUCCAUGACAUCAAGACUUUGCUAAAGACAUGAAGCCACGGGUGCCAGAAGCUACUGCGAUGCCCCGGGAGUUAGCCCCCUGGUAAUAGCUGUAAACUUCCAAUUUCUAGCCAUACGCUCAGCUCAUCCAUGCCUCAGAAGUGCAUCUGGAGAGAACAGGUUUCUAAGCAUAAAAGAUGAAAGAGCAGUUGGACUUUUUAAAAAUUCAGCAAAGUGGUUCCCUCUCUUAGGGACAGUCAAAACCAAGUCACUUAGGUAGUACCAAAAUAAAUAAGGAAAAGCUUAGCUUUAGAAACAGUGCAACACUGGUCUGCUGUUCCAGUGGUAAGCUAUGUCCCAGGAAUCAGUUUAAAAGCACGACAGUGGAUGCUGGGUCCAUAUCACACACAUUGCUGUGAACAGGAAACUCCUGCGACCACAACAUGAGGCCACUGGAGACGCAUAUGAGUAAGGGCACUGACGGACUCAUGAUUUCUUCUUACCAGAUGCCUUCCUGUUCUUUAAGAGUUUAAAAUCAUCAGAAAGGAAAAACAAACAAACUCUAUAUUGUUCAGCAUGCAACACAUACCACGCUAGGGCUGGCUCAAUUGAAAGUGGGCAAAAGCUUACAAAUACUAAAAAGAAGUGUUGCCGCGCAGUGUGGAGGCCACUGUUUGGAAAUAAAUCUUCCUAACACUA